UCUCAAAAUGUGCUUUCCCUAUAUAAGAAAUAACUGGUUCUUUUAACGAAUUGUUUGACCAGUCUAAUAAUGUCACGUUUGCAUCAAUUUAAUAAUUAUAAAUAAGAUGACUUCCUUGUGGAAAAAUAUAUUGAAAACUGCUCAGGUUUCAUACUCAAGAUGGAGCUUUCUACAGUUGAAUUUAGGAGCGCCAAGUCUGAUGCACUGUAUUCAAGACAGACGACCCAACAUACAGGAAAUGCAAGUGAGAACGAAGUAUGUCGACUGGAGGAUGAUCAGAGAUGAAAAGCGCCGUAAAAUGGUCAAGCAGUACAAUGCUGAAAGACAGCGGGUGAACUCGAUCAGAAAAAACACAAUCCUUCCUCGAGAAUUACAGGAAGUAGCUGAUAAAGACAUCGCAGCCUUCCCACGAGACAGCUGUAUCACCCGUCUUCGGGCAAGGUGCAUUGUGACCUCGCGACCUCGCAGUGUCAAGAGAAGCUGGCGUCUUAGUCGAAUUGUGUGGCGACAGUUGGUGGACUAUAACCAGAUGUCUGGCAUAACACGUGCAUGCUGGUGAUUGCUGGAAAUCUGUCAUGUGACUGUGUUGACACAUUUUGAGUCACUAAUCACGAGUGGAUACUGUUUGGAAUGAGACCGCCUUCACAACUUUUCACGUUAGCAGGACUCAGCAUGGAAAGCAUAUUUGUUUAUAUCAUUGUUUUCUUAAAUUGAUAUUAAAAGUACGUAUAGCUGUGAAAUUUUGCAUAUAAACAGGAAAACAAGAGGAAAUUGUAAAGAGCAUCAAAUACAUCUCUGGAAUAGUAGAUUUUAAAUGACUAAACCUCCCUCUCCCCCCCCCCCCCCCCCCCCCCCCCCCCCCAAGCCCACUGCCUGGUAAAUUACAGUCUAUGUAUAAUUAUAUAAUUGUGUUAAUGACUUUGCUUUACAGUUAAACAUUUUGAAAUUACUCAAAACAGUUAUUAUAUAAUAUACAAAAAAAAAGGCUUAUGGCACCAUUGGGCCAGUGUUAAUGUGAACCCCUGAAUAUUAUUGACUACUAUGGCCAAUUCAUUUUAUAAUGGGGACUAUGUCAUCAAUAUUAAAUACUAUCAAAUAACAAUCAAAUCAUUUCUUUAAGAACUUAAUUCAUAGUACAAGGGGAAUUCCCAUUCUGCAGUACAACUUUUUUCUGUCGGGAGGCAAAUCGGGGGAAUUUUCACAUUCCAAGAAUAAGAAUUUAUAACAAAAGUAUUUGCAGAUUGGAAUAAUAUGCAGGGGUCAAAAUUAUCUGAAAUUCCUUCCAGACAUUAAGUCCAGCAAGCUACUAAUUCUGCCGGAUCGAAUCUAAUCCUGCCAGACCAAACCUGAUGAUAAAAUAUAAAUGCAGUAUUUUGACCACUGGUAUACUAAUAAUAUACCCUGUCCCGUAGCAUUUGGUUUGGUCAGCAUGUGGAAAUGUAGAUCAUAGUGAAUGCAAUCCUUAAGGCUAACAUAGUUUAUACUUAAAUAGGAACGUGUUGUGUGUUUUUAUGUUACUGUUGUGAAAAUAUUUCUUGGAUUCAAUCUUGUACACAAAUACAGUUUUGAAUACUUUGA